GGGCAGAGAGUGAUAGUAUGGACUCCGAGUACAUAAAGCAACACGUGGGGCAGUGCCUGGCUGAAGGAUUGGCUGAAGUGGCCGAGCAGCGACCCGUUGACCCCAUCCAAUAUUUGGCUCACUGGCUCUACAAGUAUUCAUCUAAUGUUGAAUACAAGGAAAAGAGAAUGGAGAGGCUCGCUCUCUUGGAGCAGCAGCAGGCACAAGCUAUCGGAGAGAAAGUUCCCGAGGAGGUGCUGAAAAAGGAGGAGCAGAACACCAGCAAAGACCCGACAGAGCCUCAAAAUAUGACUGAGAAACCCACCGAGCCUGAGACACCCGCCGGAACCACCGCAGCGUCUGCUGAGGACGGGGAACCUGGAAACAACGAGAAACCAAGCUCCCCUGAUCCAGAAAGCCCGGGACAAAAUGCCGAUGUCCAGAUAAAGGAAAGUGAACAGGAGGAUCAGGAGAACACAGAAGCGGAGCUAAGUAGCAGAAACGUUGGAGACGACACAAACGCCACCCCAAAAGAAGGGACAGAAGGGGACCAGGAAGCAGAAAAGGUUGAUGAAGAAGAGAAGGACAAACCUGAAGACUCUGUCCAAGAGGAGACAACGUCCGCUCUGCAGAGCGAGGAGCUCACAACAGAGACAAUGCUUCCAGUUGGAGAACAAGAAGAAACCACAGCAGACACCAACCAGGAGACACAAGAACCCAGUUCUCUUCCUCUGCAGAACCCGGACAAGGUCGACGAAGAGAAGGACAAACCUGAAGACUCUAUCCAAGAGGAGACAACCUCCCCACUGCAGAGCGAGCAGCUCCCACUAGAGAAAACGUUUCCAAAUGAAGAACAAGAAGAAACCACAGCAGACACCAACCAGGAGACACAGGAAGCCAGUUCUCUUCCUCUUCAGAACCCCGACAAGGAUGAUAAUGCUGACAAAGAAGACAGUGGUAAACCUGAAGAAGCCACCCAGCCAGAGGCAGCCUCGGCUCAGCAGAGCAAGGAACUUGCAGCAGAGGAGACAUCUCCUGAUCAAGAAAAGGAAGUGAGUGACCCCUCACCAGAAUGAACAGCAUGAGUCAACCAAGGUAGCCUGAACAACAUCUCAAAGACUGAUAACAGAUGCCAAAGGCUGAGAAGCUGGCUGUUCCAGUCCAUCAAAACCAGUAAAUUCACAGGAAGGAAGGAAAAAAAAAACAUGUUACCCAAUAAUAAAGGUGCUUACACAAA